AUGGAAACACUUGAUAUCUAUGUUAAGGGUGCUGUAGAAGCCACCAAGACUUUUGAACAAGAUCGGGGUGAUAUGGCAUGGGAUACGAGGGAUAACUCUCAUCUAGACUCUCCAACAGCAACACCAGGAAAAAGAAAGUCCUCUGACUGCGACCGCCAACCAGAGUCGCCUCUAGAAAUCGAGCGUCAACAUGCACCGAACACUUGGCGUCGCAACAAGGAAUUUACUUCGAUGGAAACUGAUUCCCCUGCGUCGUAUCCAAAGCAUAUCAUGGCAUCAUCCGAUUCUAGUGAUCGAUUUAUAAGAGGUGAGCAAUACGAUCUAGCUCUCAAGGAGACCGUUUCCACUCCUAUCUUGAGCAAUGAACAUGGAUCCCAUGGGGAGUUCGAACGUCCAACUUUUCGCCCAAGCAAUCACUAUAGUUACAAUGAAGCAUGCAGCAGCUACAGUACACCGCCUCAACAUAGAAACUUUUUACACGAUGAUCACAGCCAGAGCUAUGGAUUGCAGGUUGAAACGGAUUCCAUUGGUCGACCACGUCGAUGGGCGUGUGAUUACUGUCAAUUUGCAACCUUUUUGAGCUACGAAGAGGCUUGUGCUCACGAAGAACUGUGUGCUCGACAGUACACUGAACGUUAUGGAUCUAGACCCCAUAUCAGCAGGGGACCGAUUCCAAGGUUUGAUACGCCGCUUCCAGCUGGCCAUCAACAGGGAAGGGUAGGCACCCUCUACCAUGCGACCCAUGAAGUCCCGGGGCCUCCAAUACACAUGUGGAAUAGUCAAGGACCUCCACUUCCACCACUUCGCGACCCUAUCUAUCACGGGCAUCACCAUCCCCACCAAAGUCUGCACUCAUCCCAUCAUUCGAAUCACCGAGCUUUGCAUUCCCCGCAUGACUACCAUCAAAUCUCACCGAGAUACCACGGCUACGGAACUUACGGUGGCUUCGAUACUCGUGACGGCAAUGGCGUAGGUCGUCUUGACUACUUCCAAAAGCCGCAGAAGGCAAGAUUGCUUCUGGCCAUGCCAACAGACAGUGAUAGUCUUUCUGAUCGUCAGUGUUACGUCCGUUCUGAAAUGGUGGAGAUCUUUGCUGCCACUGGCAAAGACGUAGCUGCGAGACACUCUAAAGGAGCUCAGAAGUUGGUUGCAGGUCAAGUAGGGAUUCGUUGUGUGCACUGUGCUCAUCUUCGACCAAGGGACCGAGCAGAGCGAGCCGUGUGCUACCCUUCAUCAAUCAGUCGCAUCUAUCAAACUGUGGCAGACAUGCAACGCUUCCACUUUGAGCAAUGCCGAGAAAUCCCUCCCGAUACUAGGAAGAUAUACAAGUCUUUGAAAACAACAAGACCGCGGGGUGUGGGGUCUCCUCAAACGUACUGGGUCCAAAGCGCAAUGUUGUUGAACUUGAUUGACACCGAAAAUGGGAUUCGUUUCACAGGUGAGGUCAAGAACGAGGAAGAGAAACCUGCACCGCCGUAG